AUGUCAACUGUAACAGCAUCGUCGUUUUCCUUCUAUUCGUCAGCAACAAGGCGCAGGCACGACGUGUUCUUAAGCUUCAGAGGCCCAGACACCCGCGACAACGUCACAAAGGACCUCCACAUAGCCCUAGUCGACGCCGGAGUUCCCACAUUCAAAGACGAUGUCAAUCUUCAAAAGGGGAGUGAGAUCUCUUCUGAUCUGCUCAAGGCCAUACAGAUGUCAAGAAUCGCCAUCAUUGUGUUUUCCAAAACCUACGCGAGCUCCAGGUGGUGUCUGGAUGAGUUGGUCAAGAUUGUAGAGUGCAACAGGGAAGCGGGUCAGAUCAUUAUGCCCAUUUUCUGCGAUGUGGAUCCUUCUGAUGUGCAGCAGCAGAUGGGUACAUUUUCAGCGGCACUUGAUGUGCAUGAAAGGAAAGGCAGAACAAAAGACAAGCUGGAGGCUUGGAGGACUUCGUUGACUGAAGCUGCUAGUCAGCCUUAUGGUUUUGACAUGCAGGAUGCUGCUACUUGGCUUCAAUCGAAGUUCAUAAAGGAAAUUGUGAAGCAUGUUAUGAGUAGAUAUCAAGAAGCGCACUUGAGUGUUACCAUUUUUCCACCGAGAUUGGAUGCUGGUAUAGAAUACAUGAAUUCUUUGUUAGGUGUAAUAUCAGAUGACAUUCUCAUUAUAGGCAUCUGUGGAAUUGAAAGAACUGAUUUGGCACAAGAUGCAUAUGACCAGAAUUUCCAUAGGUUUGAAGGCAGCAGUUUUAUAAGAGAUGUGAACAAGAUGGCAGAACAACUGAAUGGACUAGUUGCAUUGCAAAAGCGGCUCCUUUCAGAUAUCCUGGGGGUAGACAAUGUAGAAACAAGUGAUGUCAAGGAAGGGACUGAGUUGAUUAGAGAUGUAGCUAGCAGAAAAAGAAUGCUUAUCAUUCUUGAUAAUGUGAAUAAACUAGACCAGUUAAAUGCGCUUGCUAGGAGCCGGGAAUGGUUUGGUUCAGGAAGCAGAAUAGUGAUAACUACUGGAGAUCCUCAGCUGCUUAGUGUACUUGAAGUCGAUAAUGUAAAUGGUAAACAAGGCAUAGAGGUUAUUGAAACGCAGUUUCCGCAGAACCUUCAGAUGAUUAGAGACCUGGAGGAGCCUAUCAAAAUGUCAUAUGUUCAGGCUCAUGAUACAGAAAGUGAUCUUAUUGCUGAAAUAGAAGCAAUACAGAGGAUAAACAACAAUCAGGCGCAACUUAUAGCAGAGUUGCAGAAAAAUCCAACCUCAAGUUUCCCCUUGUAUGCAUUUGACUCAACAACAGAUCUCCUACUCGAUGGAGAAGGACCAACAAAAAAUCAAGGAUCUGACAAUUGCAGAACCCUGCUCAGUAUUUAUCCUGAAAAUGAGAUGAUAAUUGGGGAUGCGACCCUUAAUGAUCAGCUAAAGGCAAAGAUGCAGUUUCUGAAUGUUGCACUCAAGGAUUUUAAUAUGGCAGCAAGCACUGAAUCAUCCAGCAAGCCAUUAGGGAAAAAGCCCAAACGUUUGUGA